AUGUCACAAGUUUCUCCGGCGCCAUCGACGGCUCCACCGUCGGCAUCGGCGUCGUCGGAUGUCGAGGAGCCGGAAAUAGAUGUCAUUGCGAGCAGCGACGACGAGUCGGAACCAAUUUACAUACACAAGGAGAAAGACCCAAUUGUAAUAAGGGGUGUUGGAAAUAUCACUGUAUUCGGCAUGAAUUCCCGCUUCAACACUGAAUAUCCUCCUGAGCUAACCGGAUACAUUGCUCCGGAAGAGCUAUCCGCUACACUAUCUCGAGUGAACUCCGUUCUAAAACGCCAUGUACAAACCUCAUCUCGAUGGCUUUUAUGUGGUUUGGCCUUUUGUUGCUGCUCACUGGGUUGCUCGAUGUGGCCAGUAAUUUGCUUGAAUCGGAGAACCGUGAUAGCUCUUGAAAAAUGUCUGGAUCAUGAAAAUGUUAGCCUCUAUCACAAGCUGGGUCUUCAUUGGUCACUGGCUCGUCGCCCAACGGAACCAUCGGACCGGCUUACUGAAUAUGUUCUUGAGCUGAAAAUUCUUCCUAAAGCUGCAUUAAAUAUUCCUGAUUAA